AUGUCCAGCGUUUCCAAUGACACUCGCGCCGCCGAGGACAACUACGAGGCACAGAACGACCAGACCGGCGGUGAUGUUCCAGCAGGCGAUGCUGGCGACAAUGACUACACCAGUCGUACUGGUCAGAACCAAUAUGGCAUUCCAGUCCAGAGCGACAGUGCUACCGUAGAGGAUCCAAUCGACGACCCAAAGGUCGCAAACUCUGAGGAGCAGCUUCAGCGUGACGAUCGCGACGCUAUCGACGAGUCCAACAUCGUGGACGGCCGCACACGUGGUGCUGCGAAGUCGAGUGGCACAUACACCGAGCCCGGUGAUGAGGAGGGACUUCCAGGUGCCAACGAUGGUACUUCUUCCGGCGCGCAGUAG